GCAGAUAAUUUUCCUUCACCAUCUUUAUAUAGACAACCUCUUCAUCUUGCUCCAUUCUAUUCGCUAGACUAGAACUCUCUCUCUCUCUCUCUCUCUCCAAUGGCGGCCUCCGCCAUGGUUGUAGACACCAAUGUUUCCCCACGGCCGUCCGGCCCGCCACCGAGCUUCGCGGCUGUGAGCCCCGACGUCUUCCUCUCCGUUGACGAGGAGGACGAUCUCUACGGCCGCCUCAAGUCUCUCCAGCGGCAGAUCGAGUUUGUUGACAUCCAGGAGGAGUACGUCAAGGACGAGCAGAAGAACCUCAAGCGCGAGCUCCUCCGCGCCCAGGAGGAGGUCAAGCGGAUCCAGUCCGUUCCUCUUGUCAUAGGCCAGUUCAUGGAAAUGGUCGACCAGAACAACGGCAUCGUCGGCUCCACCACCGGGUCCAAUUACUAUGUUCGAAUCUUGAGCACCAUCAACCGCGAGCUCCUCAAGCCCUCCGCCUCCGUCGCCCUCCAUCGCCACUCCAACGCCCUCGUCGACGUGCUUCCGCCCGAGGCCGACUCUAGCAUCUCCCUCCUCAGCCAGUCCGAGAAGCCCGACGUUACCUACAACGAUAUUGGGGGUUGUGAUAUUCAGAAGCAGGAAAUUCGUGAAGCUGUUGAGUUGCCUCUGACACAUCAUGAGUUAUACAAACAGAUUGGUAUAGAUCCUCCAAGAGGUGUCCUUCUCUAUGGGCCUCCUGGAACUGGUAAAACCAUGCUUGCCAAGGCUGUGGCUAAUCAUACAACUGCAGCUUUUAUAAGAGUUGUCGGGUCAGAAUUUGUUCAGAAGUAUUUGGGUGAGGGUCCACGAAUGGUUCGUGAUGUUUUCCGACUUGCUAAAGAGAAUGCCCCUGCAAUCAUAUUUAUCGAUGAGGUUGAUGCUAUUGCUACGGCACGAUUUGAUGCACAAACUGGCGCCGAUAGGGAAGUGCAGCGUAUCCUCAUGGAACUUUUGAAUCAGAUGGAUGGGUUCGAUCAAACUGUGAAUGUAAAGGUUAUAAUGGCAACUAAUCGAGCUGAUACUCUAGACCCUGCCCUUCUGCGCCCGGGUAGACUUGAUCGGAAAAUUGAAUUUCCUUUGCCUGACAGACGGCAAAAGAGGCUAGUUUUUCAAGUCUGCACUGCUAAAAUGAAUCUGAGCGAUGAGGUUGACUUGGAAGACUAUGUCUCUCGACCAGAUAAAAUUAGUGCUGCUGAGAUUGCUGCCAUCUGCCAGGAGGCAGGUAUGCAUGCUGUUCGCAAGAACCGAUAUGUCAUUCUUCCCAAGGACUUUGAGAAAGGCUACCGGGCCAAUGUAAAGAAGCCAGACACAGAUUUUGAUUUCUACAGAUGAGUUGCUAAACUGUCCAAGGAUGCUGGCUUCCCGAGCUUUGAUUGUGCUAAUUCUGAUUUAACACUGGGGAAUGGACUGUAUUUGAAGAGUUAUGAGUUAAACAGAUUUCUACUUCUGUGACUCAAGUUUUCCCACAUAUUAUUUGUCCUGGCUGUGGACUAUAAAUUGUGGGGAUGUAACUGGUAAGAAAGCUAAAAAUUCUUCAUAUGGGCUGUAUAGCCUCAAUGUCAAAUGAAACGGCAAUUGGAAUUUCCAAGAACUGCAAGGCUCAAAUGGUUGAUUA